AGCAGCCUAAUCCUCACAAAGACUAACGGGAUUGGCAGAAUACAUUUUUCUCCGUGAGGAAAACACAUUUUUUUAUUUAUCACUAUCUUUUUAGUUUCGUUUUUUGUCAUCUUCCAUUACAUUAUCAGCGAGGAAACCAGUAUUUUCAUCACGAAUUUCCUCUAUUGGUAUAACCCCUACUGUUGACGUUUACGCUUCAACAAUGGAAUCUAUCCGCCCUCAGCGACUUCAACCAGGGAUAAGAUUUGGAGCUGGAUCGACUGGGACCCUACGCUCCUCUCUCCGGCCCGGGGUUACAGUUCCAACCGCACCUCUGCUGCCUCCCCCGGCCUCCCUAUGUGCUUCCUCCGGGCCACCCCCGCCGCUUCAACUCCACAGUCUUCACGGCACUAUUGGGAGUGCGGGGCUCGGAACAGGGGUGGCUGGAUUCGGUCUAUGUAAUCCAGGGAACCCGGCGGUCUUGAAGGAGGCGGUGGAGGCUGUUGUUCGGAGCUUUGCAAAGCAUACGCAGGGCUAUGGCAGAGUGAACGUGGUGGAAGCCUUGCAAGAGUUCUGGCAGAUGAAGCAGUCAAGAGGGGCAGACCUCAGGAAUGGGGCUCUGGUAGUGUAUGAGAUGGUCCCAUCAAACAACCCACCCUAUGUUUGCUACGUCAGUCUCCCAGGAGGAAGCUGCUUUGGGAGUUUCCAGUUUUGUCCAACCAAGGCUGAGGCAAGACGUAGUGCUGCCAAGAUCGCGCUGAUGAACUCGGUUUUCAAUGAACAUCCUUCCCGCCGCAUCACAGAUGACUUCAUUGAGAAGAGUGUAUGUGAGGCGCUGGCCUCCUUUAAUGGAAACAGAGAAGAGGCAGACAACCCCAGCACAGGAAUCGGGGCAUUUCGCUUCAUGCUGGAGUCCAACAAAGGAAAGUCAAUGUUGGAGUUUCAGGAAUUGAUGACAGUCUUUCAGCUUCUGCACUGGAAUGGAAGCCUGAAGGCCAUGAGAGAGAGACAAUGCUCCCGUCAAGAAGUGCUGGCUCACUACUCCCAUAGGGCGCUGGAUGAUGACAUGCGCACCCAAAUGGCUGCUGAUUGGGUGAACCGAGAGCAAGGCGUGGCUGGCACCAUCGCCCAGGAGGUGGCGGCAACAGAUCGAGAACUUGAGGAGGCCAGGCUGGCCGGCCGGGAGCUUCGCUUUCACAAGGAAAAGAAGGACAUCCUGAUGCUGGCUGUUGGCCAACUGGAUGCAGCCAACACUGCCACCCUGCCUUCAACCUGCUAGGUAUACGCUGGAUUCCAACCCCAUAACUUGAUUCACUUCCAUCUGCCCACGUUGACUUCCCCCUCGCGGUUCUCAAAAAGUCUACAUAGGUGUGGGAAACAUAAUAGUAACUCUGCAUAGCUUCCACCAUAUGGCUUUUACCUAUUCAGUCCGAUCAGAUCUGCGAGUUGGGAGUCAAGGGCAGAUGGAAGGAAGUUGGUUGUCAGUUUGGAAUCUGGCCUUAGAGAUGGAAUGAGGAAAAGUGGCCAAUAACCAUUGAUUGUAUAGAGACUAGCAAGGCAGCCAUUUAGGAGCUUUCAAUUAUAAAACAGUGAGUGUUCUUAGAUCUUUCCGCAGUUUUUUCUAGCCCAGUACUAAUACGCCUGAUUCAGCUUAUGAAGGUCUUGACAAUAAGUUGAUUAGUUGAAUCAGAUAUGUUAGUGCUAGUUUAGAACGAAAUCUUUAGGACCAGGAUCGAAUAAUAAGAAGUCAUUGAGGUCCUUUUGUGCUGCCAUGUUAUUGGGUUUGUGAAAUUCACAUGGAAUAAUGAACUGUUAUCAUUCCUUUCAUUCCCUUUCUAUACUGGUAGACAACGCUACCACAUGGGUAAAGUUAAAGCCCAUCACUUGCCUUUAAUGAUCGUACAGGACAUAAUCACAAGGAUAUUGUCACAGAACGAUCUUUCUCACCAAAAUAGACCAAUGUCUGUUGCAUAAGCAUGAUCUAUCACUUCAUUGAGGACUAUGAAAGUUAUUUGAACAUUUAUGUAUAGCUCUUACAUUACAGAUGUUAUAUACAGAGGUAGGAUCUUAAUUUGAUCACUCUUUUGUUGCUGAGAAUUUUCCUGCACCACAGGAAAUGCAGAUGAACUUUUGUAAUUGACAUAAAUUUACUGAAAACCCACACUAACACACGGUUAUAUAGUAUUUCAUUUUUCAUGUAGCCUACUUUUGGCCAGAUAAAAGCCUAACCACCGCUCAAGCAACAUUAUGGACUAAACGUUCAAAUCCUGUUGCUGCAGGAUUAUUUUGCUGUACCACAUAGGUCAAAUUAAGAUCCUACAUCUGUAGAGUCUAUCAUUAAUGAUAGCCAGCCUUAUUUGCGAAGAAAGAACCACUCCUCCGACUCAAACUGAUGUCACUUGUAAAAUAACUAAUUGCCUAGCUUUGCUUGCUAGAAUGGGUUGUUUACACGAAUGUCAGUUAUCCAACAGUUUUUUUCUGGCCUUGCAGCUUAAUGACUAAACUUUCAGUGUUAUCAUUCUAAGUCAGGAUCAUUUACUGUCACUAAGCCAUUUUAAACUCUAUUAUUAGGCUAAAACGUACACAAGUAAUUUAGCCGAUACUGAGAUCCGGAUUGACAACUGCAUUGGUGCUAACUACUGUUUAAAUCUGAGUAAUGUGUGCAACACAAAAACAUAGCAAACACAGUGCACAAAUGUAAGAGUUUGUAGUAAUAUAUGGGAUUGCAGUUUCCCCCUAACCACAAGUUACUCUCAAGAUAAAACAUUUAGAACAAUUCAAAGGACAAAAAAAAAACAUUAUCAAUGUAGAAUCUCCAUCAUAAAUGCUCCAUGGAAUGUGUUUUUAGUCCAGGACUAGGCUUAAUCUUUUAGCCAUUAUGAAAUAACAGUGGAUCCUUUGUAAAUUCUUUUGAAUUUAUGUUGUUUGGGGGAAUUUCACAAAGGCUUUACCAUACCGGUACGAAAUGUUGUCUAGUCAUGCGAACUGUUACUCAGAAAUUCUCUUGAAAUAGACCCAUUUUAGAAAACACAUUUAUUCAGGGGUCAGAACACACAGAGAAUACACACAUGUUCACAUUGAAUACCAGUAAAUGCCUAUUUCAUAUCACAAUGGCAAUAUCACACUGACAGCUACAGUAAAAAAUGAAUGCGAAUAAAAUGCACCAAACAUCACGCUAAUGUUGUAUCAUAGUCCCAAUGUCCUCUUGGGUUUAACAUUGUAUCCUACUUUUUACAUGUCUCUUGAUGGAAUUGUCUAUGGUAUUUGUUUUAAGAAAAUAAGCAGAGAAAAAGAUUUAGCUAACUUGCCCUAACUUUCCUGAAUGUAAUCAUAUCCCAAUAGCAACAGCAGCGCAAAAUAAGUUGACGAGAUGCCCAUUGGAUAGCAUUUACAUUGCUUCUUCUUUCAUUGACAGUAUCGGUUAGUGUUUUUAGUUUUCCUACCAAGCCAGGGUAAGGCAUUUCCCGUGGUUCUUAAUUUCUAUAGACCUGGCACCUGUUACUACAAACAAAAGCCAUAUCAAUUGAAGUGCAAUCCAUUGUAUGCUUGUCCUAAUUAAAUUAAGAAAUGUACCUUUUGUUAAAACAUACACAGCCAGGUCCAUAAUUAUUGGCACCCUUAAAAAAAGAUGAGCAAAAAAGACUGUAUCAAAUAAAUAAUACAAAUACUAAGCUAUAUUUCAUGGUUAAAAAAAAGGGGAAAUUUGAUUAUUUUAUACUAAUAUAAUUGCUCAGAGCAGGAACUUUCGUUUAACCAGUAAUAAAAAAUAAAAAAAUAAAAAAGAUAGGGGUAAAACUCCAGCACCCUCCCCUUGCAAGGAUAAUGACACAGAGCCUCUAUCUAAAAUGUUUUAUAAGAUUGGAGAACACAUUGGGAGGAAGCUUAGACCAUUCCUCCAUACAGAAUCUUUCCAGAUCCUUGAUAUCCUUCGUCUGCGCUUAUGGACUGCCCUCUUCAAUUCAAACCACAGGUUUUUAAUGGGGUUCAAGUCCGGAGACUGAGAUGACCUUUGCAAAAUGUAGAUUUUGUGGUCAAUUAACCAUUUCUUUGUGGAUGUUGAUGUGUGCUUGGGGUUAUUGUCUUGCUGGAAGAUCCAUUUGCAACCAAGUGUCAUCCUUCACUUGCGCCCAAGUGUUUUUGGCUAAAACGUCCUGGUACUUUGUAAAGUUGAUGAUGCCGUUGACCUUAAGGUCCCCAGGACCAGUGGAAGCAAAAUAGCCCCAUAACAUAAAAAAUGCACCACCAUAUUUUACCAUAGAUAUGAGGUACUUUUCUGCUAAUGCUUCUGUUUUUCAACGCCAAACCCACAACUGGUGUGCGUGGCCAAAGAGCUCUAUUUUCAUGUAAUCUGACCUGUCCUGGGGCCCUUGUUAAGGUCAAUGGCAUCAUGAACUUGUAAUUUUUAGCCAAAACCCUGGUUGCCUCUGCCAGGAGGAGGCUGACACUUGGCUGCAAGUAGAUACCUGACUGUAUUUGUCUUAGCUAUUGGAAAUCAUAUUUCAUGAAGUGUCUGGUAGGUGUAUUCUCCCAUCAUGCUUAUUUGUGUGACUCAUAUAUAUUUUUUGUAUUUUUCUUUUAAGUGUAUGUAAUGGUGUGUUACAGAUGGUUUUUAUGGCAGUUGUCUGCUCACCAUUAAUCACAUACAUUGUUAAAAAAUGGAGUUUUUUAAUGUUUGGGUCCCACUUUUAUAUAAAGUGUAGCUAAAACAACCAAUCUUACAUGGUAAUUAAUUAUAUUGGCAGGUAUAUUGUUCACAUUGUUUCCAAUUUCAUUUUUUUUCCAAAUCCAAUACUUUUAUAAAUGUAAUUUACCAGAUUGUUAAUGUGUACCUACACUGUAAUUACACUAAACCUAUCUGUGUAAUUACCAUGUAAAUACAUGUUUUAGCGACACUUAAUAUAACUUGGGACUAAUGUUUGCGUGUUAUUCCUUUUAACACAGGUUGCAAUCUUUUUAUAGACUGUUCAGUCAUGUUAUUACCCUGCCUUCUCGCUUAUCAAGUUGUGCAUGAUUCAUAAAUCCAUUUGUACAAAAUGUGAUCUAUAUAAACUUUGUUUUAUACAGUCCUUAUGUAUUUUAUAUGACCAGUUUUAAAUUGUUACUUUUUUACUCAAUGUAGGUUUCUAUUUAGAUUUGUAUACAUAAAAUGCAAUAAAGCAGCCAAAAACAA